UGCUCUGUCCAGCCAAUGAAAUGCGUCUGGAUUCAACAGGAGUAAUACUGAGCCCUGGAUAUCCUGACAGCUAUCCAAAUCUCCAGAUGUGUGCAUGGACCAUUACUGUGGAAAAGGGUUAUAAUAUCAGCAUGUUCUUUGAAUUCUUCCAGACAGAAAAGGAAUUUGAUAUACUUGAGGUGUUUGAUGCUCUCUACUGUAGUACUCCAGAGUCCCCUCCACACGGUUUCAUUGUCAGUCAGACAGGUGGACAGCUCAACAGUAUGGUUCGCUGGGCUUGCGAUCGAGGGUUUCGGCUCAUUGGGAAAAGUACUGCUGUAUGCAGGAAGUCUCCAUAUGGUUAUUACUCAUGGGACGUUCCAGUCCCAGCUUGUCAAGCAAUAUCUUGUGGAAUUCCUAAAGCUCCAUUAAAUGGUGGGAUAUUAACAACAGAUUACUUAGUUGGCACUCGUGUUACUUAUUUUUGCAAUGAUGGAUAUAGACUAUCAGCCAAAGAGCUUACUACUGCAGUCUGCCAGCCGGAUGGUACCUGGAGCAAUCAUAAUAAAACACCUCGCUGUGUAGUUGUUACAUGUCCAAGCAUCAAUUCUUUUACACUGGAACAUGGAAGGUGGAGAAUAGUGAAUGGCUCACAUUAUGAGUAUAAAACAAAAGUAGUUUUCAGCUGUGAUCCAGGGUAUUAUGGUUUGGGACCAGCAUCUAUCGAGUGUCUUGCUAAUGGCACCUGGAGUUGGAGAAAUGAGCGACCUUACUGUCAAAUUAUUUCUUGUGGAGAACUUCCUACGCCUCCAAAUGGAAAUAAGAUUGGAACUCAAAUCACAUAUGGAUCUACAGCUAUAUUUACUUGUGACUCAGGAUACAUGCUAGUUGGCUCCGCAGUGAGGGAAUGUCUGUCAUCGGGACUCUGGAGAGGAAUUGAGACCAGAUGUUUAGCUGGUCACUGUGGUAUUCCAGAUCUUAUAGUCAAUGGACAAGUAAUAGGAGAAAAUUAUGGAUACCGAGACACAGUUGUGUAUCAGUGCAGUCCUGGUUUUCGGUUGAUUGGUUCUUCUGUACGAAUAUGUCAACAGGAUCACAACUGGUCUGGUCAGCUUCCAUCCUGUGUGCCUGUUAGCUGUGGUCACCCUGGUAGUCCUAUUUAUGGAAGAACAAGUGGAAAUGGUUUCAACUUCAAUGAUGUUGUGACAUUCUCAUGUAAUACUGGGUAUGUUAUGCAAGGACCAACCAAAGCACAGUGCCAAGCUAAUAGGCAGUGGAGCCACCCACCGCCCAUAUGCAAAGUGGUCAAUUGCUCUGAUCCUGGAAUUCCUGCAAAUUCUAUAAGAGAAAGUAAAAUUGAACAUGGAAAUUUCACGUAUGGCACAGUGGUAUUUUAUGACUGUAAUCCUGGAUAUUUUUUAUUUGGCUCUUCAGUUUUAAUUUGUCAACCAAAUGGCCACUGGGACAAACCUCUACCUGAAUGUAUUAUGAUUGACUGUGGACAUCCUGGUGUUCCUCCUAACGCGGUCCUGUCUGGAGAUAAAUACACUUUUGGGUCUACUGUUCGUUAUACCUGCACUGGUAGACGAUCGCUGCUCGGGCAGUCAUCUCGUACAUGUCAGUUAAAUGGGCACUGGAGUGGAUCUCUUCCUCAUUGCUCAGGUGAUACAGCUGGUUCUUGUGGUGAUCCAGGUAUCCCAGGUCAUGGAUCUAGAGAAGAAAACAAUUUUAAAAUUAAAAGCACGAUACAUUUCAGCUGUGAUAUUGGAUAUAUCCUCCAUGGCUCAGAAGAAAGGACAUGUAUGGCAAAUGGAAGUUGGACAGGAAGACAACCUGAGUGCAAAGCUGUGCAGUGUGGUAAUCCAGGAACAACUGCUAAUGGAAAAGUACUUCGUAUUGAUGGAACUACAUUCUCUAAUUCAGUAAUUUAUUCAUGCAUGGAAGGAUACAUACUUUCUGGAUCCUCUGUAAGACAAUGCACUGCCAAUGGAACAUGGUCAGGAUCCUUGCCAAACUGCACAAUUAUCAGUUGUGGAGAUCCAGGAGUCCCAGCCAAUGGCAUGAGAUAUGGUGAUGAUUAUGUCGUUGGACAAAAUGUUACUUAUAUGUGCCAACCUGGAUAUACAAUGGAAGCAAAUAGCUCCUUAAUUCGCACUUGCACUAGCAAUGGCACAUGGAGUGGAGUAAUCCCAACAUGCAAAGCUGUUACCUGCCCAACUCCUCCGCAGAUCUCUAAUGGAAGGUUGGAAGGAACAAACUUGGACUGGGGAUUUAGCAUUAGCUAUGUCUGCUCUCCAGGAUAUGAACUCUCUUUUCCUGCUGUUUUGACUUGCGUUGGGAAUGGAACAUGGAGUGGUGAAGUACCUCAGUGCUUGCCAAAGUUCUGUGGUGACCCUGGAGUACCUGCUCAAGGGAAAAGAGAAGGCAAAAGCUUCAUCUAUCAGUCAGAAGUCUCUUUCAGCUGCAAUUCUCCUUUUAUUUUGGUUGGCUCCAGUACCAGGAUUUGCCAAGCAGAUGGCACAUGGAGUGGUUCUUCUCCUCGAUGUAUAGAGCCUACUCGCACAGCAUGUGAAAAUCCAGGAGUCCCAAGACACGGAUCACAAAACAACACAUUUGGCUAUCAG